AUGGGGUUGCCGAUGGUCCAAGUGAGUUAAAUAUCAUUAUAUUGACCUUGAUAUUUGACAGGUUUUUAUGAUAAUGGCUCGGCAAAUGUCGAAGCCGGUAGCCGAUGUUGUGAUGAGGUACGGUAAAAGCCAUCCUUUCUUUCGAGAUAAGAUUUUGGUACCUGUUGGGAGGGGUAAGUCUAGAUUUCAUUUUAUUUUAUUGCUUUAGGACUCGUAAAUCUGACGACGAGGCUACGAAUGAGGUCUCUGGGAUUGGGUAAGCCAGAUGCAUUAGCGCCGGUGUCUGAAACGGCGGCCUUAGAGCAAGCUUCAGAGCUUGUGCAACAGACUGUAAUAUUCGGAUAUUCGGUGGGUGUCUUCGCCGCUUAUCAUUUCUACAGUAAAGCCAAUGAAAAAGAGGUAGUAUCUGCUGAAGAUUACCGAAACCUGCUUAAUCAACUGGAUGAGAAAUUUCUGCUGAUAGACAGGAGGUUAGAGUCUAUUCAGAAUGAUCUAGAUGCUCAAAAAGAGGUGAGUUUACAGUGCCUUUUGAAUUAUAACAACAUAUUUUUUUUUUCUCAAAUUAUAUUGUUUCUUCAGGGUGUUGUAGGGGUAGUGAAGAAGAGUUUAUUCUCCUCUAAGAGUACUCCAGCAGCUCCAGAGCCCUCGGCAGUGUCGAAACCCCUAGUCAUUCACUCUUCGAUACCUUUCGACGAGGCCUUAGAAAAGGUAAUCCCUUUACAACGAAUCGCUCAAAUUGAUAUUCAGAAGUCAUCAGGCAAGAAGACGACUCAGACUCAGGAAGACCUCAGCGAUUAG